ACGCCACCACCAAACGCCUCUCUCUCUCUCUCUCUCUCUCUCUCUCUCUCUCUCUCUCUCUCUCUCUCUCUCUCUCUCUCUCGGCCGCCGGCCCUCCGUCGCAUUCAACACGUACGCCAUGGCGCGCCUGCUCCGCGCCGCCGCCGUCCUGGCGCUCCUGGCCGUCUCCACCGCCGCGCUGUCGGCGCCGGCGUGGGCGGGCGGCGUGUCCGCCGGCGACCUGGCCCAUCUGGGCGCCGCCGUCGUGAUUCGGCGCGGCGGCGGGCGGGCGUGCCGCGGCGGUACGACGGUGGGCGAGUGCAUGGAGUACCUGGACGUGGACGCCGAGGGCGAGGCCGACGUCGCCGGCAUGGCCACGGGCGGCAGCAAGCGCCGGGUGCUGCAGGGCGGCUCCGGCUACAUCGGCUACGACGCGCUGCGCCGGGACAACGUGCCCUGCUCGCAGCGCGGCGCGUCCUACUACAACUGCCAGCCCGGCGCCGAGGCCAACCCCUACUCCCGCGGCUGCAGCGCCAUCACCCAGUGCAGGGGCUGAUCGAUGCAUGCAUGGUUUCACAUUCCAUUCUCCGGCAGCAGGGUAAAUCGGUUGCUGCUAGCUUCAUUCAUGCAUGUGUGUGGUGCUUGAUUUUCUUUUUUGGGGUCUUUAAUUGUCGUCCGUCGAUUAUUGUGGUGCAGUGGAGAUGUGUCUGUGCUGUUGCUAGCAUCCUUUUCAGGAUGAAUCUAAAAGUAAUAAUAAUAAUUAUAUA